UUUGUCAUAGCUUCCAGGGCCGCGGCAUCACCCAUGCUAAUGAUGCGGCAGCCGUCAGCUGUAGAGCUAGUAUUUCGGCUUUUGCAGCGAGUGUGCGCUAUCGUGCCGGCGGGAUACUCGAACAAACCUCUUACGUGCCAAUGAUGAUGGCUUUUAAUAUGCGAAGCUUCCUGGUAAUAUGAGCCACCAGUAAAACAAUCACUUUCGCCAUUUUGUUCCUUUACAUUCCUUCACUUCAAUAACAAAACUCCACAAAGACACCAGAUAGAGUCUGAACUAGCACCAUGUCCCAGCCUCCUUACACUAUUGUUCUUGCCUGCGACAGCGCUGGACACGAAUACAAGUCCGCCCUUAAGGCCUUGCUCGAAUCUGACAAGCGAGUCAAGGGCGUUAUCGACGUCGGUAUCAACAAGGAUGCCAGCGGCAAGCUUGAAGACACCGCUUACCCCCACAUCGCUGUCGAUGCUGCUAGGAAGGUCGCCAAGGGUGAGGCUGAUAGGGGAUUGUUGAUCUGCGGUACCGGUAUGGGCGUCGCCAUCUCUGCCAACAAGGUGCCCGGUAUCCGAGCUUCCGUCGCCCACGACUCAUUCUCUGUCGAACGUCUCAUCAAGUCCAACAAUGCCCAAAUCCUCUGUCUCGGCCAACGAGUCAUCGGUAUCGAGCUUGCCAAGAAGCUUGUUGCUGAAUGGCUCGGUCACGUCUUUGACCCUUCAUCCGCGAGCAACGAUAAGGUCAAGGUCAUCCAUGACUACGAUGGAUAUGAGUAUGAGGCUGUUCCCGGUGGAUGCACUUGAGUUAGAGAGGCAUAGGAGGAAUUAUAGGAAGGGAAUUUGGUAUAAUUUCUGUUUUGGCAUGUUUUGUAUGAAGUCGCA